AUGGCGCAUGGCCUAAAGUUGAGCCAUGGUGACGGCACACCUCUUGAAGAUGCCAGCAGCUAUAGAAGAUUGGUAGGAAGAUUAUUGAAUCUCACGGCCACGAGGCCUGAUCUUACCUUCGCCAUUCAACAACUCAGUCAAUUCAUUGAUGCCCCUGCAGACAAGCAUUUAUCAGCUACUCAGCGUGCUGCUUGUUCUGAAACACGAAAGUCUAUUACCGAGUACUGCAUUUUCCUAGGCCUUGCACUGAUUUCAUGGAGAGCCAAGAAGCAAGUUACUGUAUCUCGAUCAUCUUCUGAGGCUGAAUAUCGUGCGCUGGCUGCUACUGUUGAGUUAAGCAAGCCAGCGACUAUAUUCUGCGACAACAAAUCGGCUAUUGUCAUUGCUGAAAACCACGUUUUCCACGAGCGCACCAAACAUAUAUGCCGAUAG